GCUGCACAGGCAUGCAAGCAUGGAGUCGAGUGACUGACUGGGCUUGUUGACUAAACGGUGCUUUCAUUAAAGUUUUGAUGCCGAAAGAGGAGAACACCACAACAAUGGAGCCACAGAAGAAACGCUGGAAAGGGUCAGUGUGCGACCCCGACUCCUGGGUCGCUUAUCCCGUACUGUCAGAUCAGCAGUCCCAAGAAGUCGAGCUGAUUGAGGCAUUCGCAGCACCCAUUGUCAACAAGAAAGAGACUUCCCGCCUUCUCCGGGAGCUGAACGGCCUCUACCCGCUGAACGGCCUCCAGCACAUCAAGAGGGUGCGGUCGGUGAAGGAGAAGGGCAGCCCUCAUCCUCUGGAAGUCCUCGUGUGCCUCGUCAGUGACGCACCAGACCUGAAGGUGGUAAGCAUCGACUCCCUGCUCCCCUCAGAUGGCGUUCGACGAGACGGAUUAGGAGAACCUUUUGUGGUUAAAGUCCCUGCACGUCCCCCCUUGACCCGACCCCAGUUUGAGCUGGCGACCAAACACUGGCCCACCUCCUUUCAUGAGGACAAACAGGUGACCGUCGCUCUGAGAGGAGAGCUCUUCAGUCCGUUUCAGAAAGCCAGGAUGCACACGUACAUGACGGCUGCUUUGACUGCUGCCGAAGCAGGUGUUGAGUUGGGAAUGGAGGCGGUGGGGGCCGUGGUGGUCGACCCGGCAACGGAGAGAAUCGUUGCUGUGGGCCACGACUGCAGAGGUGACCAUCCCCUUCACCAUGCAGUCAUGGUCUGCAUCGACCUCGUGGCUCAGAGCCAGGGCGGAGGAUGCUAUUCCUUUGACAGAUACCCUGCUUGCCGAUUUACUUCACCAACUUCGGACACCUCUCAAAGCGUUGCUGGUGAAGAGGCGAGCUCCCAGCCGUACAUAUGCACUGGGUAUGACCUUUAUGUGACCCGAGAACCUUGUGUUAUGUGCGCCAUGGCGCUGGUGCACUCCCGGAUAGGUAGCGUCUUCUAUGGGACCUCCUCUGCCGACGGCGCCAUGGGGACCAAAUAUAAAAUCCACUCACAGAAGGAUUUGAACCAUCGAUUUGAGGUUUACAAAGGCGUGGUGGGAAAGCAGUGUGAGGAUCUGAAUGGCCUGGUCAGCCACAUCAAAAGAGAGAUAAAUAAUUAACGUUUCAGUUUCAUGGAUGGGCUAGUAGCUGUGGAAUUCAGUUAUCACAGGUGAAACUGCAGGACUAAACCAAUGUUUUUUUAUUUAUUUUUUUAAAGUUUUUAAUAAUUUGCUUCUUCUAUUGGGAGCAUGUGUAUUCAUGAAUAUUCUAACAAGGCACCCACCAUAGUGCUGACUUCCUUUUCGGUGGGGGAGUUUGACCCCCUGACCUUUCUGUGAUUUACAGGCUUGUGUGGAAGGCUUAACAAGUCAGACACAAACCUGAAUUUGAUUACGACAUUAGCAUCACAAGUAAGAGACAAACCUGAAUUUGAUUACGACAUUAGCAUCACAAAUCUUAAUUCAGGGGAAAUGACAGCAGUUUUCUUUCGUAAGAGUCUUAGUGCAUAGGUCCAGGUGAGGGAGCAUUUGUUUUAAGUAUUUUCCAAAAUGGCUCAAUGUACUGAAUAGUUACAAUCAGUAUUUAGCUUCAGGACUUUAUUCUCAUUUCCUCAUAGCUGCUGGCUUAUUUGUGACUUCAUUUUUUGUCAUUGUUUUUUAAAUAACUUUUUAUGUGGAAUCUGAAAGUAUCCAGCAACUUGCAAAGCAUGGCAAAUUAGUUUUUUGACCAUGUUGUAUACAAUUUUGCAGAUUUUAUGAAGUUUAUUUGUAAAGCUUCUCUGUGUCAUUCUGAUGCAAUUUGUUGUAAUACUCAAUCAUUACAUCUAUUGAACUGUGUUUGUGUUAAUUAUACAGGUUAGGCUGGUGUUAAUGUC